AUGGAAUCACUUGCUGGUCCUCCUGAGAUGAUGCCGAUCACCAGAGAUACCGACCCGACUCAUUGGGUCCGCCGAGCUCUCACAGCCGUCCUGGGCGUCCCCCUUGCUGCGCAGGACAUGGCGGACAAAGACUCGCAGGGCUCACUCGGUCUCUACUUCCACCGUGGUAAGGACCGACAUGGCAAUAAGAGCAAGGACGUCUUGGCAUUUACCAACAAACAUGUCGUGUCCAAGAAGACCAACGAGGACUACAAGUACAGUGGCCACCAAGGUGAACGUAAGCAGUACAUUCGCAACUGCGGUUAUCGUCGCUUUGAGAAGCUCCUCAACGAGGCUCGUGCCCUGCUUGCUGAGAAGCUCGAUGACGCCAAGUUGUUCGCCGAGCAGCUUGCGGAGCUGGUGGCGAAACGACCUGAGGAAGAGGAUGCGGAGUACAACAGGGACUUGAAGGAUAAGGAGCAGCAGUUGCAGAAAGCGGAGUCGGACGUUGGUGUCCUCGAUGAGUUCCUCAAGCUCCUCAAGUCCACCUGGAGCGAUGCCCUCGAUCGUAUCAUCGCCUGGGUCGACUGGGCGCCCAAGAUCGCCAAUGACGCCGACUCCCGCCGCUACACUCGCGAUAUAGGUGUCAUGACGCUCGAACGGGACAAAUUCGUUCAGAACUUCAAGGGGAAUGUCGUCUACCUUGCUGGUAAGUUCACCCGCGCCGAGAUCAACGCUUGCUUCUACCCCAACGCUGCCAACCCCUCCGUAUUUAAGUACCCAAAGGACCACCUCUUCAGGCUCUCGGGUACCGUCGACGCCGCAGCCCUCUCGAACCCGUACUUUGUUGACAAGAACAACAACCCCUGCUUCGUCGUUGCCAAGCAAGGGCAGGUGACCGACCUUACCUUUGGUCGCCAGUCCGAGCUCGAGGCUUACACCUAUAGGGACCUCGAAGGCAGGUCCUGGGAGGUCGCAGUCCUCAACUGGGGGGGCAACAAGCACGGUAAUUUCUCGGCUAAGGGGGAUUCCGGCUCAGCUAUCUUCAACGCGGAGGGAAAGCUGGUCGCUGUCCUGCACUCCGGAAUGCCCCGCGGCAUGUCCAACCAUGUUACCUUCGGAACCCCUGGUCACUAUGUCAUGGAGCUCAUCUUGGAGCAGUACCCCGACGCCGAUUUCUCCCGCUUAAAGUUCGAAGAAGACGAGGCCACCGCCGCCUAA